ACGCAGAGUGAAAAACAGUCACAAACAAGGGACUAUUGACUCGGAAGGAAGAGGUUGUGAGUUGUGAGAGUGAAAAAGGAAUUAGGGUUUAGGGUUUGGGGAUGGAAGCUGCAGUGGUGGACAUUGGGUCGAAGCUCCUGAAAGCUGGUUUUGCAAUUCCUGAUCAGACUCCCGCCAUGAUAAUUCCCACUCAGAUGAAACGAUUGCUUGAUGAUGCUUCAGUCACUGAUAAUUCACUAGUUGAUAAUGUCACCGUUGAUCCAGUGGUCCGAGGGUUUGUCAGAGAUUGGGAUGCCAUUGAGGAUUUGUUGAACCAUGUUUUAUACACUGGCCUCGGAUGGGAAAUCGGCAAUGAAGGACAAAUCCUAUUUACAGAUCCACUUUGUACCCCAAAGGCCAACAAAGAACAGUUAGUGCAACUAAUGUUUGAAACAUUCAACAUAUCAGGGUUUUAUGCCUCGGAACAGGCAGUGUUAUCACUGUAUGCUGUGGGACGUAUCUCAGGGUGCACUGUUGAUAUUGGACAUGGAAAAAUAGAUAUUGCUCCGGUAAUUGAGGGUGCUGUUCACCACAUUGCCUCUAGAAGAUUUGAGUUUGGAGGUAUUGAUCUGACUAAUUUCCUGGCUCAAGAACUUGGAAAAUCCAAUCCACUAGUAAAUAUCAGCAUGUCUGAUGUGGAGAAAAUAAAAGAGCAAUACUCAUGCUGUGCUGAAGAUGAAUUAGCUUAUCAGAAGACCAAAAAUUCUUGUCCAGUGGAGAAACAUACCCUUCCUGAUGGACAGGUGAUAACAAUUGAGAGAGAAAGAUAUACUGUUGGUGAAGCUUUAUUCCAGCCAUGCCUAUUGGGUUUAGAGGCUCAUGGCCUUGUUGAACAGCUUGUACGUGCUAUUUCAACUGUGUCAUCUGAUAAUCAUCGGCAGCUGCUGGAAAAUACUGUGGUUUGUGGUGGCACUUCUUCUAUGACUGGUUUUGAAGAGAGAUUUCAGAAGGAAUCUAGCUUAAGUUCAUCUGCUGUUCAACCUACCUUGGUUAAGCCUCCAGAAUACAUGCCAGAAAAUUUAACCAUGUAUUCUGCAUGGGUGGGAGGUGCCAUACUUGCCAAAGUAGUUUUCCCUCAAAAUCAGCAUAUAACUAAGGCAGAUUAUGAUGAAACUGGACCUUCCAUUGUCCACCGCAAAUGCUUCUGACAGUAUUCAUCUGAAUCUUUUUCUGCACGAGUACCUAGAUUCGGGUAGACGAUGACUAAAUCACAUGUACGUGUAUGUUGGAGCAUUUAGGAGCUUGCAUAUCUUUGUAAUAUGAAUAGCCCUGUAAUAUAUUCAUUUUGGCCCUUUGGAACCUUGGGGCUAGAUCUCUACUCGCGUUCCCUUUUGUACCCCUUUUUAAAAAGUAGUUCCUGACUUGUGCUUUAGUUUAUGGAUUAGUAAUUAUUGUUUUAUGAAUUUAUUGUUUCUCAUGUUGUAGGAAAUAAACUU